AUGUCCCAGCCCGUCUCUGUGGCUGAUGCGGUCGAGGAGAGCAACUUUCGGGACAAGACCUUCCUGAUCGCGGCCAUCAUGGCGUCGCGACACUCGCGUACCGUCGUGUUUGCCGGAGCCUUUGCCUCGCUCGUGGUCAUGUCGGUCCUCUCCGCCGCGCUGGGCAAGGUGAUCCUCGGUUUCAUCCCGAAGGUGUGGACGCUGUGGGCGGCUGCGGUGCUCUUCCUCGUGUUCGGCAUCAAGAUGGCGCAAGAGGCGCGGGAGAUGCAGGCCUCGCAUCUGCAGGACGAGAUGCGCGAGGUCGAGGAGGAGCUCGAGGAGGACACAGCCGAGCACGACCCGAACAGCGUCCAGCUCGAGAACCUCGAGGAGGGGCGCGCACGCCCGCUCGAGAACUCUUUGUCCGCGCCGAGCCGUGACGGCUCGCCUGCCCCCGGACGUACCCAUCGCUCCAGCUCUCGUUCCCGCACAAGGUCGCUGUCGCCGAGCCGCCGCAUGCGCCCCAGUAUCAGCCUCGGCGCCGGCGUCGGCCCCCUCAAGAUCAAGGAGGAGACGAUGCUCGCGUGGCGCGACACGGCGCGCAACGCCCUCGAGAUGAUGACGAACCCCGUCUUCGCGCAGGCAUUUGCCCUCACCUUCCUUGGCGAGUGGGGCGACCGUAGCCAGAUCACCACCAUCGCCACGGCCGGAGCGCACUCCGUCCCCGUUGUCGCGUUCGGCACCAUCCUCGGCCACUCGCUCUGCACUCUUCUCGCCGUGAUGGGCGGGCGUCUGCUCUCCACAAAGCUGAGCGUGAAGCACAUUACGAUGCUCGGCGCCCUGUCCUUCAUCUGCUUCGCGGUCAUGUACGCGUACGAGGCGUGGAACCUGCCCUCGGAAGUUACGAUUUAG